UGGUUUUGCUCAAGGCGUCUAUAAAACUUCGAGUAGUUGGCUAGUUGUCCUUCUUCAUAAUCCUUCAUCGUAUUUUAUAUUCUUUCUCGAUCUUGCUUUGGGGGUUUUCUACUGCUAGGGCUUCAAAACCCACUCAUUUUCGGUUCCGAUCACGUUUCUUCCCUGCGUUCUUUCUUCAAUUCAACCUCCAUAAUCGUUUCGGAACCCUAGAACUCUGCUUAUUGUCUCUAUGCGUUUCUUGUACCCCUAAUCAAGGAUGCUUUAUGUUAAUUUGAAUUUGAAUUUGGGGCGGUAAAUGUUGUUGAUACAUAUGACUGAAUUGCUGUUGAAAUGAGCGAUGGAGGUAAAGAAAUUGGAAACGAUCCUGUACAGCAACAAUUACUACCUCAAAAUACAAGAAAGCCAGCAGGAAGUGAAGAUUUUGUUCGAGCCAUUGCGAAGAUUUCUGUAGCUCAAAUUUGCGAGAAUGAAGGGUUUCAGGGUUUCCAACACUCCGCACUUGAAGCUUUAGCUGAUGUUGCAGUGCGUUAUGUUAAACAGCUUGGUAAGAUUUCAAAUCAUUAUGCUAAUCAAGCUGGUAGGUCGGAUUCGAAUUUAUUUGAUGUUAUCCGAGGGUUAGAAGAUUUGGGUUCUAUCCAAGGUUUUCAGGGUGCUUCUGAUGUUCAUCGUUCCCUUGCGAAUUCUGGAACUGUUAGGGAGAUUGGUCAGUUUAUCAGUAUUGUUGAAGGAAUUCCUUUUGUGUUUUCACUUCCUAGGUUUCCAGUUACAAAAGAGAGGAAAUCCCCUUCUAGUUUUUUACAGAUUGGGGAAGAUCCUCCUGACCAUAUUCCCCAUUGGUUGCCGGCCUUUCCUUCAAGUUCCGAUGAGAGAGAAGUUAAUGCACACGACACGGAUACUAAGGAUGAAGAGCAAAAGGCAAUGAAUAUACAAAAGCAGCAGCAACAACAACACUUGACGAAUAAUGGGACUGAAGCUGUUGAAAUUAACCCAUUUCUUGCUCCUCCUUUAGCUUAUGGAGAUAAGCCAGUGUCGCUAAUUGAACCCCCACUUCCUCGUAGGCGUUGGGAGGGAAAUCAUGUAAAUUUUAUGGAUGCAUUUGCUCCUGUUGCUGAAACUGUUGCUGGGAAUGAGGUUUCUGAGGUUGAGGAUACCAAUAAAGAUAUCAGAUUGGUUGAGAGGCCAACUGUGCGGCUUAAGUUCGGUAACACGAAGAGGAAGUCAUUGCGAGUGAUUAAGAAUGUGAUUGCUCAAUCAAAUGGAGAUGACAGGCUUGCAAUUUUGUUUGAGAAGAAUGAUGCAAACGACGAAAAGAAAACAAGUGCUGAGCAAAUUUUGAAGGAGUCCCCAUUGGAUACAACUGAGUUGUAAAUUAGGUUCGUUUCGUCAGACAUUGUAUACUUUAUCCUUAGGAAACCAGCAGUUAGAGCUGGUUUGAAAGAGAUAUUCUUGUUUGCUGAUGAUAGUUGGACUGUUAGGCAUGGCUUUACCACAAGUUGUGGAGGUAUGUAUGUUCUUUGUUAGCUGUUCUUGUAACUGUGACCCGUUUUUCAUUCUUUCCCGAUUGAAAUUCAUGUUCUUUUAUGAUAAAAGUUACUGGCUAGAGUGAACAUUUUAGCUUGGCACCUUACUUCUUUUGAUUGUAUCAGGUUUUUGUUGUUAUUAAUGUAAGUUUGGGAUGAAGUUGAAAACAGAGGAAAGUUGUAUGUGAAGCAGAAGUUGUGGAAUGAUGAACUGUUCAUUUUCUGUACUAAUGAAAAAAAUAGUGAAUUUUUGGUCAA